GCGUCCCCGGGAUGGGGGUGAAUGCUGUGCACUGGUUCCGAAAGGGGCUUCGGCUUCACGACAAUCCCGCCCUGAAGGAGUGUAUUCAGGGCGCCGACACCAUUCGCUGCGUCUACAUCCUCGACCCCUGGUUCGCCGGUUCCUCCAAUGUUGGCAUCAACAGGUGGCGAUUUUUGCUUCAAUGUCUUGAAGACCUUGAUGCCAAUCUGCGAAAAUUAAACUCUCGUCUGUUUGUGAUUCGUGGACAGCCAGCAGAUGUGUUUCCCAGGCUUUUCAAGGAAUGGAACAUUACUAAACUUUCAAUUGAAUAUGAUUCUGAGCCCUUUGGAAAGGAACGAGAUGCAGCUAUUAAGAAACUGGCUACUGAAGCUGGAGUAGAAGUAAUUGUACGAAUUUCACAUACAUUAUAUGACCUAGACAAGAUCAUAGAACUAAAUGGUGGACAACCACCUCUUACUUAUAAAAGAUUCCAGACUCUCAUCAGCAAAAUGGAACCACUAGAGAUACCAGUAGAGACAAUUACUUCAGAAGUGAUAGAAAAGUGCACAACUCCUCUGUCUGAUGACCAUGAUGAGAAAUAUGGAGUCCCUUCACUGGAAGAACUAGGUUUUGAUACAGAUGGCUUAUCUUCUGCAGUGUGGCCAGGUGGAGAAACUGAAGCACUUACACGUUUGGAAAGGCAUUUGGAAAGAAAAGCUUGGGUGGCAAACUUUGAAAGACCUCGAAUGAAUGCGAAUUCCCUGCUUGCUAGCCCUACUGGACUCAGUCCUUAUCUCCGAUUUGGUUGUUUGUCAUGUCGACUGUUUUACUUCAAACUGACAGAUCUCUACAAAAAGGUAAAAAAGAACAGUUCCCCUCCCCUUUCCCUUUAUGGGCAACUGUUAUGGCGUGAAUUUUUCUAUACAGCAGCAACAAAUAAUCCACGCUUUGACAAAAUGGAAGGAAAUCCCAUCUGUGUUCAGAUUCCUUGGGAUAAGAAUCCUGAGGCUUUAGCGAAAUGGGCGGAAGGACGGACAGGCUUUCCAUGGAUUGAUGCCAUCAUGACACAGCUUCGUCAGGAGGGUUGGAUCCAUCAUUUAGCCAGACACGCAGUUGCUUGCUUCCUGACACGAGGUGACCUGUGGAUUAGUUGGGAAGAAGGAAUGAAGGUAUUUGAAGAAUUAUUGCUUGAUGCAGAUUGGAGCAUAAAUGCUGGAAGUUGGAUGUGGCUGUCUUGUAGUUCCUUUUUCCAACAAUUUUUUCACUGCUAUUGCCCUGUUGGUUUUGGUAGGAGAACAGAUCCCAAUGGAGACUAUAUCAGACGUUAUUUGCCUGUCCUAAGAGGCUUCCCUGCAAAAUAUAUCUAUGAUCCCUGGAAUGCACCAGAAGGUAUUCAAAAGGUAGCCAAAUGUUUGAUAGGAGUUAAUUAUCCUAAACCAAUGGUGAACCAUGCUGAGGCAAGCCGUUUGAAUAUUGAGAGGAUGAAACAAAUCUAUCAGCAGCUUUCACGAUAUAGAGGACUAGGUCUUCUUGCAUCAGUGCCAUCUAAUCCUAAUGGGAAUGGAGGCCUCAUGGGGUAUUCUCCUGGAGAAAAUAUCCCAGGUUGUAGCAGCAGUGGAAGUUGCACUCCAGGGAGUGGUAUUUUACAUUAUGCUCAUGGAGAUAGUCAGCAAACUCACCUAUUAAAGCAAGGAAGAAGCUCCACGUGCACUGGUCUCAGCAGUGGGAAACGUCCUAGUCAGGAAGAGGACACACAGAGUAUCGGUCCUAAAGUCCAGAGACAGAGCACUAAUUAGAUCAGUAAACAGUCAUCAGAUUUUUGUCAUUCCUUGCAAUCAAGCUUUACCCAGUUGUUUUUUUUUUCCUUAAAUCACAGAAAACAUUCAGAAGGAAUACCGUUGCAGCAGAAAUUGGUGGGCAGUUCAGUACUUUUUCAGUUAAAUUAUUUUAAAAUGUUCUUCAUUAAUGGAAAACAGUUACAUAUUGAAAUUCAUUAUUUCUAAUACCAUUUCUGUAGUUUUUAAUUUUUUAAUGAAUUUGACAUAGGACAAAUGAUAAUUUGUAUAUAAAGAACUUGGUAAAAGAAUUUGCUUAAUGUAAAUAUAAAUAGUCACAAUUAGUAUAGACUCAUCAAUAUAUUUUUGAUAAUCUUUCAUGUAUGGGAAAAAUUAAAAUGGCAAACUGAUAUUCUGAUAUAAAAAUCAAAGUUUUGAGAGUCAAUGUGAGAAUAUAGGAUUUUAGACCUUCUUAAAAGACUUUGUUAAAAUUUUAAGACAAUUUUUCUUGACAUCAUCAUUUGGUCUAACUUUGAACUCUUUGACUAUAAUGUUUCAGAAAACAUGUGUAAUCAAAAUUGGUAGUUAGAGCCUCCAUUAACAUAGACAAUAUAUAUUUUCAAGCUUCAUGUAUGCCUGUUUUGACCCAAAGUUGUGGAUAUCAUGAUAUCAUGUGUUAAGUUCUUCUUGUCUCCCUUUCUUUGUUCAGUUACAGCUAAAGUGACUUUGUUAUUAAAGUAUAUGCAUAUAUGGAAUCCUGUGUACUUGGUGGCUGCUUUUUUUUUUUCUUUUCUUUUUUAAAAAUUUUUUGUUUGUUUUAGGUAAGGGGGAGAGCAUUGGUAUGUGAGAUGUGAUCACAAAUUAAAGACAGAUUCUGUAAACUACAUGUCACCAUUCUGAAUGAAGAAACAGCUAAUAUAUAUUUAGUAAAAUACUUUUCAAAAUUAUUCCAAGUAAGAAUACUAUCUUCCAAAUACGUCGUAC